CAAUGCAUGUACAAAUAAUAUAUAUCUAUAUCUAUAUAUCUAUAUAUACACCCCCAACCACAGGCCUCCAUAUUCAUAUAUCAUCAUCUCCAUCUCUCUCUCUCUCUAGCUUCCUCUCUCUCUCUCUCUCUCUAGAUAUAGCAGCAUGGCACUGUUGGUGAAUCCAUGGUCGAUGAAGGUCAUAAAGGUCAUUUUACUCUCAUAUAUUAUUUCGAAUUUAUUUGUGCAGUCAGCAAAUAGUGCAAAAACUAGGCAUCUAAAAUGGAAGGUGGAGUAUUUGCAUUGGUCACCAGACGGCGUUGAAAGUGUCGUUAUGGGAAUCAACGGGCAGUUUCCGGGCCCAACUAUUCGGGCUCGGGCCGGCGACACCAUUAAUAUUGAGCUCACUAACAAGCUUCCCACUGAAGGUGUUGUUAUUCACUGGCAUGGAAUCAGACAGAUCGGAACGCCGUGGGCAGACGGGACUGCGUCUAUUUCACAAUGUGCUAUUAAUCCUGGAGAAACAUUUGUCUACAAUUUUAAAGUUGACAAGGCGGGCACAUACUUUUACCAUGGACACUACGGGAUGCAAAGAUCAGCAGGGUUGUACGGUUCGCUGAUUGUCGACGUGGCAGAAGGAGAGAGGGAAAUAAUCCACUACAACGGGGCGUUCGACAUUCUGCUCACUGAUUGGUGGCAUAAGGCAUCUCAUGAACAAGAGGUUGAUCUUUCCUCCAAUCCCAUGCGUUGGAUUGGUGAGCCCCAGACCUUGUUGAUUAAUGGGAGAGGGCAGUUCAAUUGCUCAUUGGCAGCGCAAUAUAGCAAUUCAACAGAAAACCCGUGCACGUUAAGAGGUGGUGAGCAGUACGCGCCCGAGAUCCUCCAUGUUCUCCCCAACAAAACUUACCGGCUCAGGAUAGCAAGCUCCACUGCGUUGGCUUCACUCAACUUAGCUAUUGGGAAUCACAAGAUGGUGGUGGUGGAAGCCGACGGAAACUACGUGCAGCCGUUCACGGUGGACAACCUCGACAUAUACUCCGGCGAGAGCUACUCAGUCCUCUUCACUACAAAUCAAGACCCCUCGAAAAAUUACUGGAUUUCGGUCAACGUAAGGGGAAGAAAACCCCAAACCCCACCAGCCCUAGCCCUACUCCACUACCCCAACACCCACAUAUCCACCCUACCUACCUCCGCGCCGCCUGUCGCCCCGCGGUGGGACGACUACGACGUCAGCAAAUCCUUCACCAAAAAACUCCUCGGCCUCGUGGGCCCCACCAACCCCCAGCCCCCUCCGACCUCCGACCGCAGAAUCAUACUCUUGAACACACAAAACUUCAUCGACGGGUACACGAGAUGGUCGAUCAACAACGUAUCCCUAGUCCUCCCCUCCACCCCCUACCUAGGGGCCAUCAAGUACGGCCUGAACGGCGCGUUUGACCAAAAUCCCCCUCCAGAUAGAUACAAUUACACCUACGACGUGACGGUCCCUGCAGCCAACCAGAACUCCGCGUACGGGAGCGGUGUCUACAAUUUGACAUUCGGCACGACGGUGGACGUGGUCCUGCAGAACGCGAACGCGAUAAAGGCGAACGUGAGCGAGAUACACCCGUGGCACCUCCACGGGCACGAUUUCUGGGUGCUAGGGUACGGGGAGGGGAAGUUUGACGAGGAGACAGAUGUGGCUAAGUUCAACUUGCGGGAUCCGCCUCUGAAGAACACCGCGGUUGUGUACCCGUUCGGGUGGACGGCACUUAGGUUUGUGACGGAUAAUCCCGGGGUGUGGGCGUUCCAUUGCCAUAUCGAACCGCACCUGCAUAUGGGCAUGGGGGUCAUUUUCGCCGAGGGGGUCGACCGCGUGGGGAGGAUUCCGGUUGAGGCUAUGGCGUGCGGGUUGACCGGGAAGAUGCUGAUGAACUCUAACGUGCGCCAUUGAGAUAAUAUUGGAAUAAUUGUUGGCUAUUAUUGAGAGUAAUUAAUCUACGGAAGUACCUUAAGUUUUAUUUAGUCUAUUAAAUCCAAUAUUUUAAAUAAAUUGUGAUUUUUCUUUCUUAAAU